AUGUUUGGAUUGCAAGUGUGUAUGGCUUCGUGUCGUUCCAGUCGUGGGUCAUCAGCACAACCAGUGCGUGGGCGUGGACGUGGCCGUGAGCAUGGACAUGGACGAGGAUUUGGGAAUGGACUCACUAAAACACCAAAAAAUGCAGUAGUAGUUCCCACUACUCGGAAUCCCGUCACAGCCGCUUCACCAACACACUCACCAGAAACUGAAAGUGGACGUGGACGUGGACGUGGACGUGGACGUGGCCGCAAUAAUGCACCACGUUCAAAUCGUGGAAAAAAGGCGAAAAGAGGAGGAGGAGGCAGUUGGGCAUGA